UCGGCUCCAACGGGCCUCGCCCGCCCGUGCCGGCUGCGCGCCUGCGCAGUGCGGGGCCCGUAGGAAGGGGCGGAGCCCGUGUGACGCGCGGAUGCGUUUGCGCGCCUGCGCAGUGCAGGACCCGAAGGUUGUGGUUGCCGGGGGGAGGGGGGUCGUCGUCGUCGGCGCGUUGAAGAGGAGGGGGUGGUUCUGCUGCUGCUGCUGCUGCUGCUGCUCACCUCAGUUGUUGUUGUCACCAUGGCAGCGGCGGGGCCGGCGGGAGCGGCCGUUAGCAGCCGCGCGCGGCGGCACAAGUGGGCGAUCGAGCUGCACGCGGCGGCGGGAAGAGGCCGUGAGCGACAAUGCGGCCAGGGCGAUUCCAUGUAUCCGGUCGGAUAUUCGGAAAAGCAGCUGCCGGACACUAGUGUCCAGGAAACAGACAGGAUCCUGGUUGAGAAACGCUGCUGGGACAUCGCCCUGGGUCCUCUGAAGCAGGUUCCCAUGAAUCUGUUUAUCAUGUACAUGGCUGGUAACACCAUCUCCAUCUUCCCCAUCAUGAUGGUCUGUAUGAUGGCCUGGAGACCCAUCCAGGCUCUGAUGUCCAUGUCGGCAACCUUCAAGCUUCUGGAGAGCUCCAGCCAGCAGUGGCUUCAGGGUCUGGUCUACUUCAUCGGCAACCUGGUGGGACUGGCCCUGGCUGUGUACAAGUGCCAGUCGAUGGGUCUGCUGCCCACACAUGCCUCUGACUGGCUGGCAUUUAUCGAGCCACCGCAGAGAGUGGAAUAUACGGGUGGGGGCAUCAUCCUGUGAUGGGCCCACUCGAGAGUGAGACCCGACGGACCCAUCACCGACGGCCGGAAGUAGCGGAGGAUUCGGCAGGAGGACUGCAUGUCGCAGUACGUUUUGACCUUUCGAUUUCCCCUUCCUACUAGCGGAGAGGGGACAGGAAGGAGACCGUCGGAGCCAAACGUUCUUAAACCUCCUCGGUUAGUGUGCGUGAGGCAGGCACCGUGCCAUCUUGCUCCGGUGCUCAGCCCCCUCAAUGAUGUGUGUUUUAAUUUACGUUGCACCUGUGAAAAAGAGGUGAUUGCUGCUGGGAUGGGAAGGCUCGUAGUUUUAGCCUCUGGCUUUGUAGAGAAACUAACUCCGUGUACAAAAUAAAGAUUCACUAUCUGA